CAAAUGAGUCUGUUGUGCUCAUAUGAACAGUUGCUUGAUUCCGUGUUAGCUACAGCUGCCUUUAAUUUACAAGGAAAUAGCAAAGACAACAGUUUAUUGCUCUGCUAUCACAAUCCUUACGACACACCAUGAGCAAUCUGAUUAGAUCUGAUCAACUGCGCUUCCAAAGUGAAGAUGACUGUGAAGGUGAUGUGCUGUGUUUGAAGAUCAAAACCCAUUUGGAGGAGCUCUUCUCUGACAGCCACCUGGCAGAGGACGGCUUCCUGCUCAAACAUGUGCAGAAGAACAAGCAGGGUUUCGUCAGUCUCAAGCUUCUCACUUCUUUGAAAAAGAUAAGGACCCUGACCAAAAACUGGUACAUGACUCUGGUGGGAGCAUUGUACUCAGACCUUCUGGAGGUGAAUGAUGAGUCCACCAAAGUGAGGCGCAUAGAGCCGCUUCCCAAAUGGCUGUUGUGUUCCCCCACCAGCAAGCUCCUACUCGCCUGGAACUUUUCCGAGGAGCAAAGCAGUGAAGACCUUGCAGCCCGAGGCCCGGAUGCCGCUGAGCUCUCAGAGAAUGUGCUCCAAAAGUUCAGCAUUUACGGCAGAGUUACUUCAGUCCAGAUUCUGCCACCUGGAAGGGAGCUUCCUGCAGACCUGCAGUGCUACGGGAAACGUCACAAGCAGCUUGGCCUGCACUUAUGUGCGGUGAUCAAGUUUGACAGUUUGGAGACAGUUCGUAAGGCCUACAGUGCCCUGAAAGCAGAAGAGGAAAAGUCCAAUGGGAAGGGCAUGUGUGUUGUACCUAUGGGAUUCCAGUCAAUGCAUCACUUCACUGAGGACGAAUCCCAAGAAGAAGCAAGCCAAGUCCUUCCCGAGAAGGAGGAAAAUCCACCUGAAAUCCCAGAGAACUUAGUCCGGGAGGAGAAUUCUUUACCCACUGCGUUUUUUGAUGAACCUCCAGACACACAUCAGCCCAAAGCGUCCACAGAUAACCCUGCACCGCAGAAUGUUGACCCGAUUUCCAGCAGCUGCAAUGGCCAGUCCUUGCCUGGUUGGAAUCAUAAUGACAGUAGGAUGACGUGGAACUCUGGAGACUGCGAUAAAGAAAUUUCCCAGAGCCCGUGGGUGCUCAAGCGUAAAUUAGCGGCCCUUAAAUUGAACCGCAUAGAGACCGGGCAGCCGAGCGCACCCAGCUCGAUGCAGAGGGUAAUACGUCAGCCCUUUGGGCCGGAUGGCACCAGUGGUUUUCAGUUCAGAGCGAGGCACCGGGAACAGCUCGACCUCCCUUGGAAAAAGUGACAUUAACUAAUUUAGUUAAAAAAAAUGUUUUGAAUUAAAAGCUGAGAAACCAAAAUAUUUGCUUUGCAAUAAACAACAC